ACAACAUAACCGUAAUAAUAAUAACAAUAAUAAAUCAAUUCAAGAUGAAAUUUUGCGUUAUUUUCGUCGUUUAUUUAAUCGUGGUUUGCGAAGGAUUUUAUGUUCAUCAUCCCAAGAAACAUCGCCGUCAAGUUAGAGCUGAUGAAACUGAAAUCACAUCGAGUGAAACCCCUCAAGAUUCAUCUUCUCAAGCUAAUGUACCAGAAUGCGCAUGUGAAUUAGCUUGUUUAAUACUUUGUGCACAACCUGUUGAUCCGAAACGUAUAACACAUCAUAAGAACAGUCACAAUGUUAAUAAUAAAAAACAUUUUGUUAGAAAACCUCUUCAGGAUGGUGAAGAUUCAAGCUCAUCGAAUGAUCUUACCCAAUUUUUGGGUUGUACAUGCGCUUGUAACUCUAAUUCUACAAGUACCACAACUGUUGCUCCAGAAAUAACACAAAAUCCGCAAGAAGUUAAUAAUCAAGAUACCAAAAAACAUUAUAGAAAACAUCAUGUUAAACAUCAAGUUUUUAAGAAAAGCCAUCAAUAA